ACGAUUGGCGCCCCUCUUCAGGUUGCGUGUCGCCACACUUGCUUCCGCUCAUUAGCUUUUGAUUCUUUUAAUCCUCAUACAACACUAUUCCUUUGCUAAAAUCGCUUCAAUUGCUGAACUUGCUAGAGUUGCUGUUGCUAUCGAAACCAUGUCAAAAUGCCGCCCGAAGUCAUCAGUCUGUUGUCUUCGAGCCCUAAUGUUCCCACCCCGCCCGUCCCCGCCAAUUCCAAGUCACGAACGACCCAGGCAGCAGCAGCUCCCUCUAGGGCCCUUGACUACGGUGGCCCCAAUGUGACUGCAGGCCCAUCAAUAAAGCAAGCUGCAAAGCGAGCGGUUAGCGGACGUGUGCGACAAGGCGAUGACUUUAUGUUUUUGUCGGAUGAUAGCGAUACGAUCGGGGACCUCGACGGCAAUGCACCUAAGAAAGCUCGAACUUCGACUUCCGCAGCGGGUGCCAAGAAGCGAGAAAACAAUGGAUUAAAGAGGACAACAUCUGCUGUGGUCACCUCCAAGAAUCGAAAACCCUCUGCGUCUGGCUCAUUAAAACGAUGGAAUUCAAUAACGGACCAAAUCGAUCACAGCAGUCCCCCCAAAGCCCCUUCUCCUAGAAGGACAUCCACUCAGUCAAAGGGGCUUUUACCAGAUCCACUUCACAGCCCACCGCGGAAGGAGGCAACAACCAAGCUUCCAUUUUUGGAUUUGUCAAGCGACUCCUUUCAAAGUUCCCCAAUACAAGACACCAAUAAGGCUCAACCGUCUGUGCAAUCGAAAACUAGUCGACUUGCGACCGAUGACCCGAUCGACUCAUCCAACAACAAGAAAGCGUCGAGAGUGUCCAUAGUAAUAGACCUUUCCGAUGACGAUCUUGACGUCUUAUCAGGAAAGAGCUUGCCGAAGGCGUCAAAACAGAAGGCUGCUGCUUGGGACCCGAUAUCAAGUUCCAUGCCAGAUGCGAGAUCUGGCAGGGAUAAACAUGAUGAUUCUGACUCUGACGACUCCGAUUUACCGGAUUUGCGCGAUAUCGACUUCGCGAAACUGGCAUCUAAGAGGCUCGCUCUCAGUCUGUCGCCUUCCCCACCGCGCCGGAAAUCGAAGACGACAACAGCAGCGGCGACGGCGAAGAAGCGCUCAGCGCCUCAAAGACCAGCGGAACCAAAGAAAACCGAGGCAGAAAAGGAACAAGAGCGAGCAGAAAAGGAGCGCGCCCGAAAACAAAAGGCAGAGGCCCAAGAAGCCGAGAAAGAGCGCAAACGAAUAGAGAAGGAGCAAGCAAAGGAGCAGCGAGCAGUGGAUAGGCAGAAAGAAAAAGCCCUCGCCGACGUCAACAAACUCAAGAUCAACAAAAAGGUCGCCGCGCCCGAGAUGAUCGUCGACCUCCCGACCACCCUAGCCGUCGGCAUCAAAACGCAAAUCGAGAAGCUCCUCGGUGGUAUGGACGUGCAGUUCGAGUACCACACCAGCGCCGUCGACAACGCCGUCACGUGGCGGCGCAAAGUCAGCGCCAAGUACAUCGCCGAGGACGACCGCUGGGAGCCGGUGCCGCUGCACAUCCAGGCCGAGGAGCACGCUAUGGUGAUCGUGCCCGCGACCGAGUUCGUCAAGCUCGCGCUCGCGCCCGAGGGCCAGGACCUCGAGGCGCACGUGCUGCGGAUGAAGACUAGCUUCCCGGACAAGACCCUCAUCUACCUGAUCGAGGGCCUCACCCCCUGGAUGCGCAAGAACAAGGCCGUGCUGAACCGCCGCUUCGCCGCCUCCGUCCGCGCCCUCGACCCUACUACCAACACUAGUUCCGAGCCGCCACCGUCCAGCCAACCCCGUCGGCGCAAUAACAACGCCCAACAACAACAAGACUACAUCGACGAAGACGCCGUCGAAGACGCCCUCCUCCUCCUGCAAGUCGCGCACAACACCCUCAUCCACCACACGACCGUGGCCCUCGAGACCGCCGAGUGGGUCGCCGCCUUCACCGCGCACAUCUCCACGGCCCCCUACCGGCGCGCGCGCUCCGCCGCCGCCGACGCCAGCUUCUGCAUGGACGUCGGGCAGGUGCGCACCGGCGACGGGCCCGCCGACACCUACGCCCGCGCGCUGCAGGAGAUCGCGCGCGUCACCGCCCCCGUCGCCUACGGCAUCGCCGCCCGCUACCCCACCCUCCCCGCCCUCGUGCGCGGGCUAGAGGCCAACGGACCCCUGGCGCUCGAGGACUGUAGGAAGUGCGCGAAUCGCGACGGCGCGUUUAGCGACAGGGUCGUGGGCCCCGCCAUCAGCAGGAGGGUGUAUAAGAUUCUCACCGGCAGGGAUCCGGGGAGUAUGGAUGUGUGAGGGGUGAGGGGUGAGGGGCGAGGGGCGAGGGGCGAGUGCGCAACCUACUGUACCCUAACUUAGGGUACGCUAUACGACGAGAAAAAGGGGGAAGAGGGGGAAGGGGACUUCACCUCUUUUUAUUGGGGUGGGUGGGUUGGUAAUG